CAUACACGCGCUGCUUCCCGCCUGGCUGUCACUGGAAUCAGCGCUCCACGCCGCGCCAUCCAGCUGUGCGCACAUCUGAUCCUUCAAACCCGGCAGGACUGACCGGAGAGCAAGAACUGAGGAAAUAAAAGACAAAGAUGGCUUCUACUGUCAACGGGAAACUGUCCGAGGAGCAAAUCAAAGCGCUGGAGGAAAAUUUCAACAAAGUCACCAAACAUCCAGACAGCACAACCCUCAUGCUGAUCGCUGCAGAGUGCGGACUGUCAGAGGAGGAAACGAUGAACUGGUUCAAGGAGCGUAAUGCCAAGUGGAGGAAGGCAGAGGGUCUACCAGCAGAACUGGGAUCAGUGUUGGACUAAGAUUUUCUGACCUGUUGCACAAAGCCCUUUCCCAGCCCUAUUCCUCAAUAAUGGACUUGAUUUAUCCUUUUUCUCCCCACUAUAUGUCCAUGCAUCCUAUUUUGUUUAUGAAGCUCUUUUGUCUUGCAGAAUAUUAUGUUUGUGUACCAUUGUAACUGCCUUGUUUACAUAUAAAUACAUAAUGUAACUGUAAAUUUGUUUGUCCAUUUGUGAUUCAAAUAUGAAAUGCAGGAUGCAGCAGGAUAAUAAAAC